CAGGACUUGAAUCCGAGCCCUCUGCCUUCGCGUCUGGUGCGCCGCCGAGUCUUUGACUGCCGCAGAGCGAUGGAGGCGCUCCCCGCCCUGCGCGCCAUCGAGGACGGCGUGAUCUCGGAGAACCUCCUGCGGGCCCUCACCCUGGACGACCUGCGCAGCCUGAGCCCGUGCGAUGGCCGCCUGGCGCGGCUGCUGACCGGCAGCCGCUGCUGGUUCCGCGCGGCCUCCGCCGAGGCGCCCUUCCUCCGCCUGGAGGCCUCCUGGUUCUCGGGGCCAGAGCGCGCUGGCCUGCUCCGCGCGCUGCGCGCCCUGAGGAGGUCCGUUCCAGCCCGCGGCCUCUGCGCGCCGCUGGGCUCGGCGGGCCAGGUCAAGGAGCUGGCCGGGGCCGUGACGGCCGCCGUCCUCGCCGCGGCCCACGACGCGGCGCGCCCGGGGAGCUUCGCGGCGCCAGUGGUCGGCCUGCUCCGCUGGCCGGACGGGGCCGCGCUGCGGGGCGCGCUGUCGCCGCGCGAGCCGAAGCCAGAGGCG